UCUAUAUGCAGAUGAGAUUGAGAAAUUCUUCUGUCUGACUGGAAGUUACUCAGAUGACGUUGAUAUCAAUAUAGUCCAAUCAAAACACGUAUAUUCAGAAACCUCAUUUGCAUUAAGAGGAAGCUGCAAGCUUAGCCAAUGGCCCAGCUUCUUUUUCGCGCCCAGCAGCUGCUAUAAAAUGCGCCUCCCUGUAGGUUCCUUCCACUCACUUUCUGACUUAGGCCACAGGUCGUUUUACCAUGUCUGGACGUGGCAAGCAGGGCGGCAAGGCUCGCGCCAAGGCCAAAACCCGCUCCUCCAGAGCUGGGCUCCAAUUUCCCGUAGGACGAGUGCACCGCCUGCUCCGCAAGGGCAACUAUGCUGAGCGGGUCGGGGCCGGCGCGCCGGUUUACCUGGCGGCGGUGCUGGAGUACCUAACUGCCGAGAUCCUGGAGCUGGCGGGCAACGCAGCCCGCGACAACAAAAAGACCCGCAUCAUCCCGCGCCACUUGCAGCUGGCCAUCCGCAACGACGAGGAGCUCAACAAGCUGCUUGGUAAAGUUACCAUCGCUCAGGGCGGUGUUCUGCCUAACAUCCAGGCCGUACUGCUCCCCAAGAAGACUGAGAGCCACCACAAAGCUAAGGGCAAGUAAGGGCUGAACUUUAAAAAUGUAAACUUACAAGACAAAAGGCUCUUUUCAGAGCCACCCACCAUUUCUACGGAAGAACUGAGCACUCUGUUCUCCAAACCUAUCAGAAAUUUGUGGCCGAGUUCAAGCACUGAGGUCAUUACUUUCCUAUUGGGUAAAAUAUAGGUAUUGAAUCAGGCCUAGUAAAUACUAUCCAACUGCUACCUUAUAACAUGAAGGAACCUCCUUCAUUGUCCCCUCCCCACAAACUGUCCUGCGUCUUUAAAAAACUUGGGGCCGGGCGCGGUGGUUUAUGCGUCCUUAGCAUUUUGGGAAAUUGAGGCAGGUGGGUGGGGAAGGGGAGAAAUCUCUAGGGACCUGGAGUUCGAGACCACCAUGAUAACGAGACCCCUGCCUCUUAAAAAAAAAAAAAUGGCUGGGCGCGGUGGCUCACGCCUGUAAUCCCAGCACUUUGGGAGGCCGAGGAGGGUGUAUCACAAGGUCAAGAGAUCGAGACCACCCAGGCCAACAUGGUGAAACCCUGUCCCUACUAAAAACACAAAAAUUAGCCGGGCGUGGUGGCGAGCGCUACUAAGGAGACAGGCAGGAGAAUCGCUUGAACCCAGGAGGCAGAGGUUGCAGUGAGCCGAGAUCACGCCACUGCACUCCAGCCUGGGCGACAGAGCGAGACUCCAUCUAAAAAAAAAAAAAAAAUACCAGGCGCAGAGGCCCUCGCCUGUAUUUGGCGGACUGACAGCAGAAGGAACACUUGAAUCCCAGGAAUUUGAGAUUUCAGUGAGCCAUGACCUCGCCACUGCACUCCAGCCUGGGUGACAAAGCGAGACCCCGUCUCAAAAAAAGAAAAACAAAACCCAAACAAAAGUAUUUCUGGUGAUCAUUUGCUCCUGUGAAUAUAAUAAAUGUUAAACUAAC